AUGGCGAAGAUCAUCCUGCUGCUGCUGGUGGCGGCGUUAACGUUCUUGGCAACGCAAGCUCAGGCGCAGCCGGCGUCGUCAGGCGGUCCGGAGCCGACGGGGGUGGGCAUCAAGGUGUCUUUCCGUCCCAGCGUGGCCAUAGUGGUGGGCAUCUUCACCAUGAUCUUCUCCCUCACCUUCCUCCUCCUCAUGUACGCCAAGUUCUGCCACAACUCCUCCUCGCCGCCCUUGCUGCCCACCACCAACAACAACAGCCCCGGCCGUAUGGCCACCGCGGUCGACGCCGAAGCCAACAGCGGUGUGGGCAAGGCGGUGAUCGAGUCGCUGCCCUUCUUCCGGUUCGCUGCGCUGCGUGGCGCGCGGCAGGGGCUGGAGUGCGCGGUGUGCCUGGCCCGGUUCGACGACGCCGACCUGCUCCGGCUCCUCCCGCGCUGCCGCCACGCCUUCCACCUCGACUGCGUCGACCGCUGGCUAGCCACCAGCGCCAGCUGCCCGCUCUGCCGCGCCCGUGUCCAUGCCGACGACGCCGACCUCGGCCUCAAGUACGCCGCUGCCAGCGCGCGUUUCGUCUUCGGCGCCGCCGCGGACGACCACCCUACCCCGGUGGUAGCGUCAGGGUCGAUGUCAGGUCGUGACCUCACGGCGGGCAUAUUCGUGGAGCGCGUCCCGUCGUCUCGCUUCGGCGUCGGCGUCGGCGUCGGCGUCGCCGGCGAGAAUAGCAAUGAUCUGGACAGGCACCGGCACCGCAUCGUGGUGUCCGACGUGGUCUUCAAGAGCCGGUGGAGCGACCUCAGCUCCGCCGACCUCCUCGCGCUCGACACCGAGAUGCUGCGCUCCUUCUCCAGCGGCCACUUGGACUUGGACGUCGGCCAAGACAUUGUUUUCGUCGGACAUCACGCUACUACUACCACUCUAGAAGACGGCAGUGGAACGGUGGAGAAGAAGCGGCUGCUUGAGAAGGGAGAUCUGCAGCAGGCUUCGUCGUCGGCAUCGAUAAGAGGUUGUGGGUCGUCCGGGGCACGGUCCAUGUCGGAGAUCGUGAGGCUGCCGAGGGUGGCGAGACCGAUGGCCAGGACAGAGGAGGAGAGACGGUGGGCGCCCAUCGCCCGCCGGACGGCGCGGUGGUUCGCCGUUCGCCAGGAGGGAGGGGGACACCGUUGA